AUGGGCGCGGAGGUUAAGCGACGGCCGUCUUUUCCCUCCCUCUUCGCUUUCGCUUUUGGCCAGACGCAAAACGGCGCCGGCCUACCCCGCGCGCCACGUCGUACGAUAGACGCGCGACUGGUCAUCCCUGUCGUCGCUCUCGGCGCGCCCGACUAUGGGCAACAAGCCAGACCCAGCGACGCGGGUGCUGCUUCUUCCCCGCGCUCCAGCAUCUCCAUGGCGGCCACGCGACAGUCCGCCGCCGUGGGCUCUUGGGCCGCCGCUCACCAGAGAUGCGCUGCUCCAUGCCCCGUGCGCGCCCACCCGUCUGCACCCAAGCGCUUGCAUUAUUACGGCACAUGCCGUGUGCCAGGGGUCUGCUUCAGCUCCGGCGCAACGAUUUGCGCACCGCUCGCCAAAGCGCUGGGAACUCCGCGCGGGACGGCUUGCAGACUGUCGUCGUCGAGCACCGCCGCCUCGGUCCAGCCUUCAGGCCCUCCGCAUUCCACGAGCCAGGGCAUCCCUUUGCUCAUCCAGCCGAUCCCGGCGGAUCUCCCACCGACACUCGAUCGCUGCCCAUCACUGCCUCGCCCGGCAUGGCUGCUUCACGGCUGGCUGACGCCUCGUCCCCCAUCCAUGCGUCAAGCCACAAGCAUCAGUCCUGCGUCGCCGCGAACUGCUGCUCUCCCCUCCCCCCAAAACCCCUGAUCCAUGACGCGCCUCCCCCCGAUGCAGUCAGAUUGAUUGCCCUGUCUCAACGUGUGUGCCAUCGAUAUUAACGCCCCAUGAGACGCACCAGGCUAUCUUUAGCACCGCUGGGCCAUUUAUUUUUUUCUGACGAUAAUUUCAAUGUCAAUGCCACAGCACGAGGCCAGCGAAGCCAAAAGAAAGCGUUAUCGCGCUGCAGUCACCGCUUGCGCGCUUUGUUCGCGCGGCUCGCGGGCCGAGUCAGAAAGCGACCUAGGCCGGCACGCCAGCCCGGCGUAUAUUGUUUAGCAAGUCGCCGUUGCAAAGCAGGUCGAACCGUGCGACGGCGGGCUCGGAGCGACGACCGCGCGAGCCGUCGCUGGCCGGUCGCAAAACGAAACA